AUGCCCAUGGACAAGAUUCAGACAUUCUCUUCUAAGUAUGAAUACGCGUUAACGGACCUGUUUGUUCCAGAAUUAUCAGGAGAACAUGCAAAACCUAUCCUCGAUGAUGGUCAAACAGGAGGUAUUGGAGAAGCUC